AUGGCUUUAGCUACUAAUGUUUCUGCACAAAUUAGCAGUAUUCCUAUGCUGAAUGGUUCAAACUUUAAAGUUCGGAAGGAUACCGUAGAGAUUGUCCUCGAUUGUAUGGAUCUAGAUAUAGCUCUUCGAGAGGUGAAACCCACUUCCACUCCGAAAAAUCUCAAUGAGUUUCUAAAGGAUGUUGAAAAAUUCUUUACUAAGAAUGAAAAGGUGGAGGCAAGUAGUCUUUUGACCAAACUUGUCUCCAUGAGGUAUAAAGGUAAAUGGAACAUAAGAGAGUACAUUAUGAAAAUGUCUCAUCUUGCUUCAAAAUUGAAAGCACUAAAGUUAGAGUUGUCUGAAGACUUACUCGUGCAUUUCAUUUUGAUUUCCCUUCCUACAAACUUUGGGCAAUUCAAAGUGAGUUAUAACACUCUAAAGGAUACUUGGUCCUUAAAUGAGCUUAUAUCUCACAGUGUGCAAGAAGAAGAGAGGCUACAGCAAGAUAAGACUGAAAGUGCUCACAUGGCUUCCUCUUCUUAG